AUGGUGGUCUCUUUCGUUGAAGAAUUUUUAGCCGGUAUUUGGGCAUCAACCCCAAAGCACUUAAUCUUUGAGGUUGCUCUUAUUGUUGCAAUCUUUCUUUUGCUUACACAAAAGCCACGUGAAAUUAUAAAGAAUGAUGAUGAACUUACUACAGCCGAAGAAGACGCAAUUAUCGCUCAAUGGACACCAAAGCCAAUAGUUCCAGAACUUCCGGAUGAUUAUGAUCCAUCGGUGCUAGAUCCAAAAGUUAUUUUCAGUGCUCCAACAGAUAAAAUCACAGUCGAAGGCAAGGAAGCCCUUAACUUUGCUGUUCCAAACUUCUUUGGUCUUAACAAUAACAAGGAACUCUUAGAUGCUGCUCAAAAAGCUAUUGAUCAUUACGCCGUUGGUGCCUGCGGUCCCCGCCAGUUCUACGGUACAAUGGAUGCUCACCUUGAUGUAGAAGAAGCUAUUGCUAAAUGGACAGGUGUUGAAGACUCAGUUAACUAUUGCUUCCCAUUCGCUACAACAACCUCUGUUAUCCAGGCCUUUGCUCAUAACACUGAUGUUGUUUUCAUUGAUGAAUACUGCUGGUUCGCUAUCAAAGUUGGUUCUGAAUUAACCCGUGGAAAAGUUGUUGUUUACAAACAUAACGAUAUGGGCGAUCUCCGUGAUAAGAUCAUCAAGACAAAGAACAGUUUCGAGCGUUGGGAAAAGUGCAAUCGUUGGGUUGUCGCUGAAGGCAUUUCUACAAACGAUGGCACAAUUGUCGACCUUCCAGCCAUUAUCAAGCUUCGCCACGAAUUCUGCUUGCGUAUCAUCCUUGAUGAAACAAACUCAUUCGGUGCUCUUGGUAAAACAGGACGUGGUGCUUGCGAACAUUUCGAUAUCGAUCGUUCUGAAGUUGAAAUUUCUAUCGGUUCUUAUGGUACAGCUCUUGCUUCUCUUGGUGGUUUCACAAUUUCUACAAAGGAACUCUGCGCCCAUCAGAGAUUAUCUUCUCAUGCUUACAUCUUCUCAGCUUCUCCACCUCCAUACGCCGUCAUCUGCGCACGCCGUGCUGUAGAGAUUGUCCAGAAGGAUGGCGCUGAGCGUAUCGCUAAACUUCGUGAGAAUAUCCAACUUAUGAGAAACGAACUCCACGAUGUACAAGGCCUUGAAAUCAUUUCAGACGCUAUCUCUCCAAUCGUUCACCUCAAGCUUGGAAAGGAAACAGGAUACAAGGAAGCAAAUACUCUCCUCCAGAAGGUCUGCGACGAAGCUCUUAACGACGCUUCUGCUCCAACAUUCAUUGUUAAGUCUAAAUUCGCUCUCAACAGAGAUGCAAACAAGGAAAGACCAACAAUCAAGAUCUACGUCGCUCCAAUUCACACAGAAGAAGAAAUCAAGAACGCCGCUGCUGCAAUCAAGCGUGCUGCUCAAAAGAUCUUGGCUUAA